AAAAAAAAAAAACAGACACACACGCACAAACACACAAACGAAACGAAACGUUUGGUUAAAAAGGUUUGAAUAUUAUGUAGGCUGACCUUACUAACAUAACAGCCAGUCUUGACUGUUCCCACAAACAAGUUGUCUGGGUUCCCAAAAGCGUCACCAAAAGACGAGUCUAUAUUAUCGUUAUCAUGACCAUUAACCAAAUCCCAAUCACAAACACACGCACUUAUCUUCGUAUAUAAAAUCUUACACCCUCUCUUUUCCUCACUCAUCGCUUACCUCACAUAUUUUUAUUCUUAUUCUUAUUCUUAUCUAUCAAAACACACUUUCUUUCUUUCUUUUCUCUUCAUCUUCAUCUUCAUGAUGUCAGACAUCACCACCGUCCACUCCGACAUCAUCCAAUCCCACAUCCUCACACGACUCGACGGCCCCGCCCUCGCCUCCGCCGCCUCCGCCACCGCCCACCUCCGCCGCCUCUGCACAGAGCACCACCUCUGGCGGAACAUCUGCGCCGCCAACUGGCCCUCCCUCACCGACCCCUUCGCCGCCGCCCUCGUCGCCGCCUUCCCUGCCGGCCACCGCUCCCUCUUCUCCGACGCCUUCCCCGCCCUCCAGCACACCCCCAAUCCCAUCCCCGAGCCGGCGCCGGUGCCGCCGGAGGAGCUCUUGUCCGCCGUGGACAUCUUGUACAAGGGCAAAAGCGUCCUUUCCCGCACCCUCCGAACCGAAACGCGGAAGGGGUGGUUCCUCUGCUCCCCUCUCUGGGUGGACCUCCUGGACCCCAACGAGGUGGUCCCCACAGCCCUCGUCUUCACGCAAAACGACGAAAGCCAAUGGCUGAGCCACCUCCACCAGCACCUCUCCCUCAGCUGGAUCAUGAUCCACCCCACCCGACACCGCGCCGCCAACCUCUCCAGCCGCCGCGCUGUGGGCGCCCGCCGCCACUGGCUGACCGGGGAGCUGGAGAUUCUCUACGCCCUUCCCAUGGACGAUGUCCAGUGCGUGAUCAAGGUGACGUGCUGCGGGAAGGUGGGUGGCGCCGUGCACGUGCGCGAGGUGAGCCUUACCAUGGAGGACAUCGAGGGAAGGCACGUGAUGGGGAGGGAGGGCCUUGUCAUUUUGCAGGACGCCAUGGAGACCGGGAAGAGAGUGAAACCCGACGCCGAAGAAGCCGUUAGAAGGUUCGACAAGUUCUGCAGCUUGAGAAGAGAGAGGAAAGAGAGGAGAAUGAAGCGAGACAAGGCCAUGGACUUGUUGGCCAUGUUGGUCGCUUUCUCUGUUUUCGCCACGCUCUUCUGCUUCAUGGCAUUCUCUGCUUGAUGCCCAAUUUGCCCUUUGCCUACUACACCUACAGACUAAUUCAACCAGUAAAUACUAAAUAGUACAAAAACAAAAAUACAAUCUAUACAAUACAACAACUUGUCUAUUUUAUUCCUCUUUUUUUAAUUCUUUUUUUUCUUUUGACUUAUACCCUGUUACCUAAUACCUAACUCACUUAUAUAAAUAUCAUCAUUUCUUUUUCUUCCCAA